AUUAUGCAUAGAUACCUCAGAAACCUUCUCCCACACCACCUUCACCUCUCUGUUCCCCUUUUUCUCUGUCAUGGAGCCUCUUUCAAAGCUCAGUCAUGACCCUCAUCCCAAGGCUAUCACCACCACCACCACCUUCCAUUCCGGUCUCUUCUCAAAGCUUCUGCACUCAACCCUUUGGGAACUUGUAAGGUUUUCUGUUCUUCUUCUUGUGACCUCCAUUCAAGUUCUUUCCCUUCUACAUGGAUGGAACCCCAUCUUCCACCUCCUCUCCCUCACUUGUUUCUUUCUGGUCUUCAUUUUGAAGCCUCUCCUCUCAAAGCCCCAUGUCUACCUUGUAGACUUCUCAUGUCUCAAACCACCAAACUUUUGCAGAGUUCCCUUCUCAUCUUUCCUUGAACAUACCUCCAUGAUCGGAUCCUUUGACAGAGAAAGCAUAGAUUUCAUGGCCAAAAUCCUCGCUUCUUCAGGACUAGGUGAACAGACCUAUCUCCCUCCAGCUUUACAUUACAUUCCACCCAUGACCGAUCUCCAAGAAUCCAUCAAGGAAGUCCACAUGGUACUGUUCCAUGUAAUGGAAGACCUUCUGUCCAAGACUAAACUAUCUCCUCGAGAUAUUGAUAUACUUAUCAUAAACUGUAGUGGUUUUUGCCCAUCUCCUUCCCUCUCCUCCAUUAUCAUCAACAAAUACUCCAUGAGAAAUGAUAUUAAAAGCUUUAAUCUUUCUGGUAUGGGGUGCAGUGCUGGAAUCCUUGGCGUCCAUUUGGCUCAAAAUCUAUUGAAAGUUCACAAAAAUACUUACGCCGUUGUUCUUAGCACAGAGAUCUUAUCGACUGGUUGGUACCCUGGUAACGAGAGGCCAAAGUUGCUCCUCAAUUGUCUCUUUCGAACGGGCAGUGCAGCAAUCUUGCUUACAAAUAAAGAAGAAGCGAAAAAAACAUCCAAGUAUAGGCUUCUUCACACGCUGAGAAUACAGAGAGCAUUUGACGACAAGGCUUAUCGCUCAGCGAUUCGCGAAGAGGACUCAAAUGGAAUCACUGGGUUUACACUCAGCCGCGACAUAUUACAAGCAGCCGGAGAAACUCUUCGGUCAAAUAUAACUAUUCUUGGCUCGUCCAUGUUGCCAUUCUUGGAGAAAUUCAGGCAUGGAGUAUCCAUAUUCCGGAAGAGAUUCAUUCACAAAUCUGCAGAAGUUUACGUGCCGGAAUUUAGGACAGUGAUACAGCAUUUUGUUCUUCCAACUUCAGGGAGAUCAGUGAUAAAAGAGAUAGGAAAAGGGUUGAAGCUCGGCGAGGGAGAGAUGGAGGCUGCUCUGAUGACAUUGCAGAGGUUUGGAAACCAAUCUUCGUCUUCAUUGUGGUAUGAAUUAGCUUACAUGGAGGCUAAGGAGAGAGUGAAGAAGGGUGACAAGGUGUGGCAGCUUGGCAUGGGAAGUGGGCCCAAGUGCGGUACUGUGGUCUGGGAGUGCAUUAGGUCCAUGGUCGGGGAGUCCACUAAGGGCCCAUGGGCCGAUUGUAUAGAUAAGUAUCCAAUCUUAGCCGUCCAUCAAGACAAUUGAUCUGAUGUAGUAAUGAUCAUGAUCAUAUCACAUGUUACUUUUUAUGUUUUGCAAAUGGUGGGUUAUAUAUUUUUAGUCAAAAGAGGAAAAAACGUUGGAUGUUAUUCACU